AUGGCUCCCAAGGUCGGUGACGAGCUGCCGGACAGUACCCUGUACGAGGGCAGCCCGGGAGGGGCGGUGAAGAUCAGGGAGCUGUUCGCGGGAAAGAAGGGCGUCAUUGUGGGCGUGCCGGGGGCAUUCACUCCAACGUGCUCAAAGACACACCUUCCAUCUUACAUCUCCAACUUUGACAAGCUCAAGGAAGCUGGCGCAGACGUCGUGGUGACUGUGUCGGUGAAUGAUCCAUUUGUGAUGGAAGCCUGGGGAGAGAGCCUGGGAGUUGGUGAUAAGGUCCGUAUGCUGGCAGACACCCGAUGUGAGUUCACCAAGGCAGUGGAUCUGUCAUUCGAUGCAACGCCAUUCCUUGGCAACGAGCGCUCACAGAGGUACGCUAUGCUGGUUGUUGACAACGUCAUCAAGGCUGUGAAUGUGGAAGCCAGCCCCGGUGAAGCGACCUGCAGUCUGGCAGACCCUGUUGUAGAGUUGCUGAAGGCGAUGUGA